AUGGUUUUAUACCCAUGUGUGGUUUUCCACAUACAGUAUUUCUAUACAACAUUCGUGGAGAAGACAUCGAAGGAAUAUAUAUGGCAUAAUCUGUGGAUCAUAAUGGCCGAUAGACACAGUCUAAAUUAUGAAGAUGUUAGAGAGCUCAAGCUGGGAGCAAGCUUUACAAAUAACAAAGUGUCGCAGUACCACACCAUAAAAUAUGACUUCAAACCAGCUUCAGUUGAUGUUAACAAAAUGGCAACAGUUGAUGUUGGAACUAACAACCAAGUGACUGUUACAGUGCCACAUUUAGAUGGCGCAGGCGUCCCACAGACUGUGUUCAAAGGCAACCAGAGGCCUUACACAAAAGAGUGUGUACUCAUUAUUGAUAGAGUUACCGGCGAGAUUACACUAGAGAAACUCUCUAGUAAUAUACAAGUUAAGAAAACCAGGCAAGAAACAAGCCAAAAGCCGCGACCGCUGACGCCGGUGACGAGCGAGUUCACCAACACCACGCAGCGCUCCACGUCGCGCACGCGCGUGGCCACCACCAGGCGCACCACCAACCCCACAGGAGCGCCGGGCGCGACUCAACCCAACCCGCAGGCCAGGUUCAACGGUAACGCUAAUCCACCCAAGCCCAGCAACAUGGUGCGCUCUCCGCCGAGACAGAAGACUUCGCCGCCACAGGCGGCUCCGUGGUCAGGAGGCGGUAACAGUACUCUGGCUUCGCUGCCCAUGAUCGGGCUGGACGACGCUCUGGGAGGGCUGUCCGCGGCCACCGCGGCGGCGCCGCUCGCGCAUCACGCGCAGCACGCCCCGGCCGCGCCGCCCGCUGCGCCCGCGCACAACGGCUACGCGCGCCCCGCCUACCCCGAGCGCGCCGCGCCGCCCGCGCCCGCGCCCCUCGCGCCUCUCGCCCCGCUGCUCGCCCCUCUCGCCCCUCUCGCCCCGCCCGCGCCGCUCGACAGGGGACAUCACAACCCUUACGUGCCGCAGCACCAUCAACAGCAACCACCGCAGCAAGAAGACAGCUCGUCGAGUUCUUCCAGCGAGAGCGGCAGCGACUCCGACAGCGGUAGCGAUAGCGACGACAACGACUCUACCGCUCACCGAUCCAUACCUAAUGGCGCUGCGCCCCCCAACCCCGCGCUACCGAGCGAUGUACUCAACGAUGAUCUCUGCCUGUCCGAAUCGGGCAGCGAUUCGGACUGA